AUGGCUUCAAUCACCAAAGUGAUUCUUCUUUAUUCUCCUCUUACCUUCAAAACUUCAUCUCUUCCUAAAUCACCAUCACUUUCUCACACCAUUGUCUCUCCCAAAACAAGUCUCAAAGUUCAUGCUCAAUUAGGUGGUCGAGAUGAAGAAACAAAGAAAGGAGAAAAAAAGAAAUUCAUAACCAAAGAACAAGAACCUGAACAAUAUUGGCAAUCCGCAGGAGAGAGAGAAGGAGAGAAUCCAAUGAAGACACCACUUCCUUACAUUAUCAUAUUUGGUAUGUCAACUCCUUUUGUAAUCUUAGCCAUUGCUUUUGCAAAUGGUUGGAUUAAGGUACCUAUUAGAUAA